GAGCCGCCGUGACGAUGGUGGCCAGCGGGCGGGCGCGGAAGCUGGCGAGGCGCUACCGGCUGGCGGUAGCCACGGCCUUCGUCAUCCUCCUGCUCCAGGGGCUCGUUCUGUGGACCUCCGCCGGCCUCGACGAGGAAGGACCGGCCGAGGAGCGGCAGAAGAAAGCCGGGCUGCCCGAGAGCAGCGACAGCUCCAAGGACUCAGCCAGCUCUGCGGGGCGGCGGGGCAGCGCGGGCCGGAAGCACGGGCGAUGGCGGGGCCGGCCCGACAGCCCCGCUGCGCUGGCCUCCAGGGUGGUGAGAGCCGUCACGGCCAGGCACAAAGUGGGCUGGAGGCUGCCGGCCGCGCCGGACCCUUCCAGCCGCAGGAAUGCGUCGGAGCUGCGUGGGGAGGCCCAGCUGGCCGUCUUCCAGCAGGGUGACACGGGCAGCGUGGAGGGGGCGCCCCAGCCCACCGAGAACAGCUUCACCCCCAAGUGUGAAAUCACGGGCAAAGACGCCCUGUCGGCGUUGGCCCGGGCCAGCAGCAAGCAGUGCCAACAGGAGAUCGCCAACGUGGUGUGUCUGCACCGGGCGGGCAGCCUCAUGCCCCAAUCUGUGCCUCGCCACUGCCAGCUCUCAGGCAAAGUCAGCCCUGUCAUCCAGUGGGACGAGAGCCGGCUGCAGCAGGUGCCCCCCAACAAGCCCGUGCGCAUCGCCUACAUGCUGGUGGUGCACGGCAGGGCCAUUCGCCAGCUCAAGCGCCUCAUCAAGGCCGUGUACCACCAGCAGCACUUCUUCUACAUCCAUGUCGAUAAGCGCUCCAACUACCUGCACCGCGAGGCGGUGGAGCUGGCGCGGCACUACCCCAACAUCCGCGUGACGCCCUGGCGCAUGGUGACCAUCUGGGGAGGUGCCAGCCUGCUGAAGAUGUACCUGCGCAGCAUGAAGGACCUGCUGGAACUGACCGAGUGGCCCUGGGACUUCUUUAUCAACCUGAGUGCCACUGACUACCCGACGAGGACCAAUGAGGAGCUGGUGAUGUUCCUGUCCAAAUACCGAGAUAAGAACUUCCUGAAGUCUCAUGGCAGAGACAAUGCCAGGUUUAUCAAGAAGCAGGGCCUGGACCGGCUGUUCCACGAGUGUGACUCGCACAUGUGGCGGCUGGGCGAGCGCCACAUCCCCGAGGGCAUCGUGGUGGACGGGGGCUCCGACUGGUUCUCGCUGACGCGCAGCUUCGUGGAGUAUGUGGUCUAUGCCGAGGACCAGCUGGUGUCCCAGCUGCGCCAGUUCUACACCUACACGCUCCUGCCAGCUGAGUCCUUCUUCCACACGGUCCUGGAGAACAGCCACGCCUGCGAGACGCUGGUCGACAACAACCUCCGAGUGACCAACUGGAACCGCAAGCUGGGCUGUAAGUGCCAAUAUAAACACAUAGUCGACUGGUGUGGGUGCUCCCCAAAUGACUUCAAACCCCAGGACUUCCUCCGGCUACAGCAACUCUCCAGACCCACCUUCUUUGCCCGCAAGUUUGAGUCGACGGUGAAUCAGGAGGUACUGGAGAUCCUGGACACACACCUGUACGGCAGCUACCCGCCCAGCACACCCGCCCUGAAGGCCUACUGGGAGAACGUCUACGACCGUGUUGAUGGGCUCAGCGGCCUCAGCGACGUCACCCUCACCUUCUACACGGCCUUCUCCAGGCUGGGGCUCCGCAAGGCUGUGGCCGCACCGGCAGCGAAGGCUGACAAGCUGUGCAGAUUUGAGCCUCGGGGCUUCCCAUCCAGCGUGCACUUAUAUUUCUAUGAUGACCGUUUCCAGGGUUACCUGGUGAUGCAGGAAGUGCAGAAUUUGGCAACUGGGCAGGCAGGGUCCCUGGAGGUGUGGAUGAUGCCCCAAGGUGCUCUGAAGCUGGCAGCUCAUGGAGGGCAGGCAAACCGCUUACAAAACCUUGAGGUGGGCACAGAGUGGGACCCCAAAGAAAGACUCUUCCGCAAUUUUGGAGGCUUGAUGGGGCCUUUUGACGAGCCGGUGGCCAUGCAGAGGUGGUCGCGGGGGCCCAACCUGACGGCCACGGUGGUGUGGAUCGACCCCACCUAUGUCAUUGCGGCCUCCUACGACAUCACGGUGGAUGCCGAGGCAGAGUUCACCCAGUACAAACCCCCCCUCAACCGGCCCCUGCGCCCCGGCGUCUGGACCAUCCGCCUCCUGCAGUUCUGGGAGCCCCUGGGAGAGAACCAGUUCCUGGUGGUGCCACAGACCUUCAACCGCAAGCAGCCUCUCAGGAAAGACGACAGCAACUGGCUGCACGGCGGUCCCCCGCGCAACGAGUACAUGGAGCAGAGCUUCCAGGGCCUGGGUGGGAUCCUCAACCUGCCGCGCCCCGAGGAGGCGGAGCAAGCGGCGGGGCGUCGGGCGCAGCUGACCGGCAGAGCGCUGGAGGAAUGGGCGGACGAUGCCAUCGGCACCUUCUGGUCUGCGGCAGCCGUCUGUGGCAGCGGCUCCUCCCCCUGCGCCGCGCUGGAGACCUGCCGAGAAACCUCCUGGAGCUCCCUCUCCCCGGACCCCAAAUCGGAACUGGGGCCCGUCAAACCCGACGGGCGGCUGAGGUAGCAGGAGCAGCCGGGGGGGCGGCGGCGGCCCAGGGAGCGGGGAGCAUCUUCCCUCGCUGGUGGGGGGUGUCUCUGGACUGUCACCCCUUUAGUCGCUCAGUGGGAACCUCCGGGCAGGGGGGAAAACCUUCUCCUGGGGGGUAUUUUGGGCAGGGGGGAGUGUGGGGUCAGUCUUACCCACCUCCCCCAGAAUAGGCAGGCACGGGGAGAGCGUGCCAGGGCGCCAACCGCUGCAGGGGCACGGACGGUGCCAGCGGCUGGGAAGAGCUGUGAGUUUGGUACCGCGGGCACUGGAGCCUCGGGAAGGAGUGAUGAGGGAUGGAGGGUGGGCAGGCUCUGGACCAACUGGGCCCUUUGUCACCCAGCCCCGAAUCUCUGCAGGAUCAGGCCCUGUGCUGCUGGCUGCCCCCCAGGCGGGCUGGCCAAGGAGUAGGGACAAGCAGGAGCUGAAUGGGUCGAAAGGUGCCAUGGGCAUGGAGCUGCGGCUGGCCCAGGGUUUGCAUCUCAUCCACACCACCCCAGCCCCUUAGUUUGUAUUUUUAUAAGUAUAUCUAUAGAAAUAUAUAUGAUGCAAAGUGCAAUAGAGACGAGACCCCGCAUUGGCCGGGAUGUCCUUGUGUCUCCAUCUCCCCUCAGACUGUAACACACCUUGUUCUCUCGGUGUCCUGCCGCUACAGGAUGGGGUGCUGGGUCGUUUACAUAUUUUUUUAAGUAUUAUUAUGACUAUUCUCGUUGUUUUGCUGUUUCCCCGUUUGCUGCUGGGGCGCACACCCUCGGGCAGGGCUGGCGGGGGGUGCUGCCCACCCCCUGUGGCACCUGCCCCUCUGUGCCAAAUGGUUGGAGCUGCCGGCGUGUGACGGCCCGCAGGGCAGUGCUUGGCACGGGGCUGCAGCCCAGCAACCCACUGGGACCCUGAUGCCUCCACAAAAGGCUGCCCCAGUCCUCUGCCAAAACACCAUCCACGGGGAUAUGUCCUGCUGCGGAGGAGAAGGCAGCUAUGCCCGGGUGGGCACCCUGUGCCACAGCCUCCCGGCCCAACCUUUUCCUUUCUCCCGUUCUUGGGAUCGUCUGCGCUUCCCUCGCCAAAAAGGACAGAGGUCUGGUGAGCUCCAACUGCUCCAUCUGCUCUCCGCUGCUGCUUCUUUCCCUUCCUCUGAGGGAAGAAGCAUCCCCCUUCCUGCUGUCCUCCCAGCCCCAGGGACUGCCUGCAACCUGCCUUUCUCCAGGACCACAGGGACAGACAUCUGGCUUUGGUUUAUCAGCCUGGGAAGACACAUCACAUCCCCUGUGGCCUGGGAAGGGGCAUUGGCCUGCACAGAGCUGGAGCAGGGGAGCUGCCAGGGACCAGCUGGAGCCCCUCGGGCAGGAGCAGGCACCUUGGGGCCUGGGCCACUCAGCCUUUGCCAUCCCCAAAGAUCUGUGCCAUCCUUCGCCUUCCUCCAGAGAGCUUCCAUCUCCCUCCCCUGGGUUAAGGAUGCUGGUGCUGCAAGAGGGACUUGCAGAACAGGACUGAGCCCUUGGCAGCCUGGCUGGGGGUGAGGGGGGCCUGUCCCCACCGCCAGCCUCUGCCUCAGAAGCAUUAUGUCAAGUUGUCUUAAAUAUGCAACAUCACCACAAAUAUAUCUCUUAUCUCUA